AUGUCCGGUUCCUUCGGAGGAUGGGUUUCUAAAAAUCCACCUAUCCCAAUAACAAAAAAACCUGACCUGAAUGAUCCUGUAUUAAGAGCGAAAUUAUCUAAAGGAAUGGGUCAUAAUUAUUAUGGAGAACCCGCAUGGCCCAACGACCUUUUAUAUAUCUUUCCAGUAGUAAUUCUAGGUACUAUUGCAUGUAAUGUAGGAUUAGCAGUUCUAGAACCAUCAAUGAUUGGGGAACCUGCAGAACUAUUGAACUCCAUCGCCCAACAAAAUGGGAGUAUAUCGAAGUUUAUCCGAAGACGAAUAGCUGUUCUAACCCAACAUUACAAUAAGACAGUAAAAAAGAGAGUACCAUAUCACAAAAGAGAUAUACGUCAAAAUACAAUGUAA